AUGAGGGAUGAGGGCGCCGAGCGUAUUUCCCGAUUGUCGGGUAUGCAACCGACUGCAUCAUCAUAUCGCAAAGUUGCAGUAGUCGAAAACUUUUUUGACAUUAUCUACAGUGUUCAUGUAGAUUUGGAAGGCAGAUGCGGGAAACAUGCUGGUCAGAAACGAACAUACCGCACGAUUACAGAAACAUACGCUUUUUUACCACGCGAAGCCGUAACUCGUUUCCUAAUGGGCUGCACAGACUGCCAACGUUCUCCUCGAUCAAUAUCCCCGAAUAGCAACAUUCUGACUACUCCUCCAGCAACACCACCGCCUCCGAUUUUAACAUUGCCUGCUUCGCAAACAGUGACUCCUUGCGAAAAGGUGCAGCCGAAUAGACCACCGAUCGCCAGUAAAAAUUUCAAAGAAGAACACAGACGAAUGCGUGCUCCAGAAGCAAAAAGUCCAGAAAUCGAACAAGUACCAUUGAAUGGCGGCAAGAGGAAGUUGGAAAUUGAAAAUCGAGUGGAAGAGAAGCCGAGGGUAAUGGUUGCAGCAACUCAUCCUUUGGAUGUUAGCAAUCUGGUGUCGAAUGAUGCACCGAUGGAUCUUAGUACGGGUGAUGGACCGUCUAAAAAACGAGCUAGGGUGGAUUCAAUGGAAUCAGAGCAAUCUGAGACUGCCGGCGCACCUUGGAGCCCAAAACGAAUGAUCAGUGCCUUUCCGAUACGAGCUUCUACACCCAUAGCUCUUCCGCCUCCACCUAUGCCUCCAAGUGAGACAACGCUAGAUUAUUACAAUUUUCCGGCGACGGCGGCGUUUCUGAGGCAUGCUCGUGGCCUGAAUUUCGGCUUGGGCUUGGGUUACGCGACGGGACAGGACGGCCUGACUUCUGCUGCGCAUCUCGACCGUUACGUGAGUACAAGACUAGCUUUGUACCGAUAUAUUAUGCGCGAAUUGUGUGCUCGAUAUUUGAUAUUGAACGCACAUCAUACGAUUUAA